ACACACGCACGGCCCUCGUGGCAUCUCCCCUCGCUGUUGCCUGCAUCCUCAUCAAUCUCCAAUGGCGACGGGUGGCUGAGGAGGGGAAAAAAAAGUGAGCAGAGUGAACUCCCCUCCCAUCCAUGGCUUCCCUCGCCUCCCCUCCGGUCCCCUCCCACGCGUCCACCUUCCUCCCCGCCCCGGCGGGCGGCCGCAGCAGGCGCCCUCCUCGCCUCCUCGGCCCGUCGCCGCCGCCUUCCGCCUCGUCUCUCUCCUCCUCCUCUGCUUCCGCCCGGUUCACUCUCUCCCCGCGCGCCCCCUGCAGCGCCGCCCGCCGGCGCCGGCGCGACACCGUGCGGGCAUGCUCUCAAGCUGAUGCAGCUGGGCCAGCUCCACUGUUGAAGACACUAUCAAACCUAAAGGAUUCCUGCUGGAGAUUUUUGAGGCCACACACAAUUCGUGGAACUGCUUUGGGAUCCACAGCCUUGGUUGCUAGAGCAUUAUUAGAGAAUCCCCAGUUGAUUGAUUGGCGCUUGGUAUUCAAAGCAUUCUAUGGGCUUGUAGCAUUGAUCUGUGGCAACGGUUACAUUGUUGGGAUUAAUCAGAUCUAUGACAUUGGAAUCGACAAGGUAAACAAACCAUAUUUACCUAUUGCUGCCGGUGAUCUCUCAGUUCAGUCAGCAUGGUUACUGGUCGUAGCAUUCGCAGUGGUGGGCUUCUCAAUUGUCGUUUCAAACUUUGGACCUUUCAUCACCUCUCUUUACUGCCUUGGUCUAUUUCUUGGCACUAUAUAUUCUGUUCCUCCAUUCAGACUGAAGAGAUAUCCUGUUGCUGCUUUUCUUAUCAUUGCAACGGUUCGUGGAUUCCUUCUCAACUUUGGGGUGUACUAUGCUACUAGAGCUGCAUUAGGUCUUACAUUCCAAUGGAGCUCGCCUGUUGCUUUUAUUACAUGCUUUGUGACAGUAUUUGCUCUAGUCAUUGCUAUAACCAAAGAUCUUCCGGAUGUUGAAGGGGACCGCAAAUUCCAAAUAUCAACUUUGGCGACAAAGCUUGGUGUCAGAAAUAUUGCCUUCCUUGGCUCUGGUUUAUUGUUGGCAAAUUAUGUUGCUGCUAUUGCAGUACCUUUUCUUAUUCCUCAGGCUUUCAGGAGCAUUGUAAUGGUGCCUUUUCAUGCUGCUCUUGCAGUUGCUUUAAUUUUUCAGACAUGGGUUCUGGAGCAAGCAAAGUACAGUAAGGAUGCUAUUUCACAGUACUACCGGUUCAUCUGGAAUCUCUUCUACGCCGAAUAUAUAUUCUUCCCGUUAAUAUAGAGAUAUAUAUGGCAUCUAACAUGGGCUACCCGAUGGGAGGAUACAGAAACAUGAAUUCGUCGGAAAAACAGAAGAGAAACCCUUUUGUGGGCUAUAAAGCGCAAGUGUUUUUGUACAUACUUUGACUGGUGGGGAAGUAGAGCAGCGACGGUACGAGGAUCUUGAUGGAGUUUUCGUUGAGCAGAUGAUGUUACCCGGUAGAAAAUGACGGAGUUUUCGUGGUUGUUUCUGCCAAACAAAGAGGAAAAGAUGUAAAAGAGAAAAAAGUCUUGGGCCUUGUUUUGGAGGGUUUGGGCAUAUUUGAUGCAGAGUGGUCGUUUUAAUGCCUUGGGAGCUGGGAGCUUUUCAG